CAAACCAGGCAAAACAUCAACAAAACUUGCGGCAACAUUAAAAUCGCAACAGUGUGUCUAUGUCGGGCAGAGGUGGGAAAUGGAGAACGAGAGAUUCACCUUGGAAUACUUUUGUCGUCUGUGCGCAUCGGAAGGUGUUAUAAUACACCCACUCUUUCCACCCGGAGACAAUGACCCCAAGGACGAGCUGGUGCGUAUGAUCGAUGUGCUAACUUCCGUGCAUCUGACGCGGGCGGACGACGCCGGGGCGGUCAUCUGCGAUAAGUGCUUACAGAUGCUCGAUCUGUUCUGUCGCUUUCGCGAGGAAUGCCUCCGACAGGAUGUGCUUAUACGGACCAAACGGACACUGAUUUGCGAGGAGCUCGUGCGACAGCAGCUACUACUGGAACAGCAACGCGCUGAGACCGAGCUGCUGCUUCGGCAGCAGCAGGUUGAAGCGGAAUUGUUGAAACAGCAAACCCCACCUGAGACAGUGAAACUGGAGGACGACAAUGACGGUGCGCAAGUAGAGAAGCUUGGAGCAAUAGCUACACCACAUGCCGCAGAAAGCGGGGAGUGUAAAGAAGAGUUCGAUAGUGAAGAAGUGUCCGAGGGAAACGAGAGCCAACAGAACGUCCAACAAGAUUCCGAUGAUAUUGCCACGGGAGACGACGACGAAGUGGAAGAGCGAAUAGAGGAGUCUAGUCUUAGUAAUGACCCAUCAUACCCACCGUCCAACGGAAUUGCGCUGCUCACCCCGGCGGGAAGUCUUUCGAUUUCGGUGCAAGUGAACCAAAUGUCCCUUGGCGAACCCACCACCGACAGCACGGAAACGACCCCAAGCGGUACGGUAAUGUGCGAUGGUAACACCUCACCGAUACCGUCCGUUGCCCAGCAGCGAACGGUCCGCCGAACCAAACCGAACCUCAACAAACCACCGCCCGGUUGCGACAUUUGUCAGGAAAGCUUCGCCACGCACUACGAGUACGAGCAGCACAUGGACCAGCUCCACGCAUGGGACAAAAACAGUCGCAGCUCGCUAGCAUGCGAUCCGUGCCAGAUGCGAUUCACCAAAUCGUACAACCUCAAGCGCCAUAUGUACGAGGUGCACGGCGAACUGUCGAAGGGCAUGACCGUCACACCGUGUCCGCUGUGCGGCGAGCGGUUCCUGCGGGGCUACAUUCUCGAGCGCCACAUCGCCAAGAUGCAUCGGAAUAAGAAGAAACUUAAAAUUAUUGCCAUCAAGUGAGCAACUACUGCUGCUCAUGCCAUGCCAUUUUAUUACUCCUAAAGGACGACUAAGCGAGCGCAAGGAAAGCUCGCGCAUUGGCGCAACAAAGCUACAAACCGUGAUUCGAGGCAAAUAUUUUGUACAUCAGUUGCAAUAAGAUUAGCAUUAAGUGGAGACAAAGAGGAUCUUUCUUGUCAGUAUUACGAUUAAUGAUUAUUACAGGAACGGACCACAGCUUAAGGUACGGAAGAGACCGGACCGGUGUGUCUUUAAUAAAAAUGAUCUCGAA